CAGCUAUAACAACGCUCUUUGAGAAAGUAAAAGACCUAUUAAACCAUCAAACAGAAACUCAGAGGCUCUGGAAUGAACAAAUACAAAGCACAUUGAAUGAGCGCUUUAGCAAAUUAGAGCAGGCUGGUCUAAUUGACGAUGUGAGUAACCCCGAUAACAACCAACCAGCAAAUGACAUAGUAGUUGAUCAUGCAAUACCAAUAACUGUGUGCUCACCAUCGGAAAAAAGAGAAGAAACACCACAAGGCAAUAACGUAUCUAUUCCAACAUUUAGCAACCU